AUGGAUAGCUACCCCCUCGAGGCUCCACCUCCACCUCCGCCAUCGCCGCCGCCUCCGCCUCCUCCAGAUUCCGCCGUACCUCCUCCACCGCCAACAGAGGAACCUCCUCCACCGCCAACAGAGGAACCUCCUCCACCACCUCCCGUAGAACCGGCUCCCCCACCACCCCCGCCGAAAGUUAAACCAAAACCAGCCCCCACCCGAGGCCCUCUAUCUAUAGAAGAGAUACUAAAGAAGAAGAAAGAGGCAGAUGAAGCUGCUAAAAGGGUUUCCACACCUCUUCCGUCCCCGCUCCUUGGGUGAAUACAAAGAGUCAUGCUGACCUGCCUAGCCCAAAUUCCUGUCAAAAGCGGAGCGAGAAAAGAUCGCCUUGGAAAAACGCCAGAAGGAAGUCGAGGAUCGGCGGAAGCGCGAAGAGGUGGAGCGACGUGAUUGGGUGGAGGCGCAGAGUAAUGGAGCUCGUGGCGGCGGCGGGAGUGGUGGUGCAGGUGGUGCUCGAAGAGGUGGGGGUGGAGGGCCCCCAACUGGCCCAAGAGGACAGCGUGAGCCCCCGACCGGGCCUGCAGCUAUGAGGAACCAGCAGGGAUUUCAGAGGGGCGGGGGUGGGAAUAGAGGUCGGGGAGGGGAUGGUGAUAUGGCACCUCCUCCGCCACCGCCCGGGGAGAAGGGUGGCGAUAAGAGGAAGGUCUCACUGGAAGCUGCUGGCGCUGCUGAAAUCAGGAAGAGAUACAUGGGUAUCGACCCGGAUUCAAGCGCUCAAGCGAGCAAGAAGAAGCGGAGGAAGACAUCCGAGCGGAAGUUCACGUUCGAGUGGGGGGCUGAGGAGGAUACUUCUCCGGAUUACAAUCCUCUAUACAAUAAUCGUGCUGAGGCGCACUUCUUUGGUCGCGGGCGUCUGGGCGGGUUCGCAGAGACGGAGAAACCUACGCAGGGGUAUGUGAAAGCCCUCGAGGCGCGUGGGGAAGACGAGAGGAGGAGAGCGAGGGAGAUUCUGGAGAUGGAGAGGAAGAAGAGGGAGGGUGCUAAUUGGGUCGAUAAGCAUUGGUCCGAGAAGCCGCUCGACAUGAUGAAGGAGAGGGAUUGGCGUAUUUUUAAGGAGGACUUUAAUAUCGCUACGAGAGGAGGAGCGAUUCCCAAUCCUAUGCGGUCCUGGGAGGAAUCCAGGUUACCGGAGAGACUGCUUAGGAUUGUUGGUGAAGUUGGGUAUAAGGAGCCUUCCGCGGUCCAGAGAGCUGCUAUUCCUAUCGCCCUCCAGAACAGAGAUCUUAUCGGUGUGGCCGUCACCGGUUCUGGUAAAACGGCCUCGUUCGUUUUACCGCUUCUCGUGUACAUCUCUGAGCUGCCGUCUCUGAGCGAAAUGACCAAGAAUGAUGGACCAUACGCUAUUGUGCUCGCGCCGACUCGCGAGCUGGCGCAGCAGAUUGAGGUGGAGGCGAAGAAGUUUGCUACUCCUCUGGGUUUCACUUGUGUCAGUAUUGUCGGUGGGCACACCAUUGAAGAACAGGCUUACAAUCUUAGAGAUGGCGCAGAAAUAAUUAUUGCUACGCCUGGUAGAUUGGUGGACUGCCUUGAGCGGAGGUUGUUGGUUCUCAGUCAGUGCUGCUAUGUCAUUAUGGUAUGCCCCGUGUCUACAUCUACACCUACCUGAGAGUGUGGUUUGUGCUGACUGGCCCAUGCAGGACGAAGCAGAUCGCAUGAUAGACAUGGGCUUCGAGGAGUCCGUCAAUAAGAUCCUCGACGCUCUCCCGGUCCACAACGUCAAGCCCGACACGGAAGACGCCGAAAAUCCCGUUCUAAUGUCAAAGCAUCUGGGCGGCAAAGACCGUUUCCGCCAAACAAUGAUGUACACCGCAACCAUGCCCCCGGCCAUCGAGCGCAUAGCACGAAAGUAUCUCCGCCGCCCGGCAAUUGUCACGAUCGGCAACGCGGGCGAGGCCGUCGACACAGUGGAGCAGCGAGUCGAAUUCAUCGGCUCAGAGGACCGCCGCAAGAAGCGUCUCGCGGAGAUCCUCAACUCCCGAGAAUUCGCGCCUCCGGUCAUAGUCUUUGUCAACAUCAAGCGAAACUGCGACGCCGUCGCCAAAGACCUCAAGCACCUCGGCUGGCACGCCGUCACCUUGCACGGGUCCAAAUCCCAGGACCAGAGAGAGCAGGCGUUGCAGCAGCUGCGCGCCGGACAAGCGGAUAUCCUCGUCGCGACCGAUCUGGCUGGUAGAGGUAUCGACGUUCCAGACGUCUCACUGGUUAUCAACUUCAAUAUGGCGACCAGCAUCGAGCAGUAUACUCACAGAAUUGGUAGAACCGGAAGAGCCGGAAAGAGCGGUGUUGCCAUCACUUUCCUGAGCAAUGAUGAUGCGGAUGUUAUGUAUGAUCUCAAGCAGAUGCUUAUGAAGAGUCAGAUUUCCAGGGUGCCGGAGGAGUUGAGGUUUGUUGCUUCCAUCCUGCCUUCAUCCGGGAAGCGGUAUACUUACCAGUGCGGGUCUUGCAGGAAGCACGAGGCGGCCCAAAGUAAGCCUACACGAUCCGCCGGCGGGUCCAGAAAGGGCACUGGCCCAUCAAAUGGGAAUGGGCCAAACGAAGAGAAUUCGCUUUUGCAGGUACCUGUUGGGAGGUGGUCAUAA